CGUUGAUCAUAUCUUAGCGCCAGUCAAAGGGUAUAUAAGGCCCAUUCUACUUGCGGACCCCCCAGAUCUCCUGGUCUCCCAACGUUGUUACGAUGAAGUAUGCGUCACGAAAGUUCAUCGACCUCAUCCAGGGCGCCACAUCCAAGUGGGCCAACUGGGAUCCACCAAAAGAAAUUGCAGUAGGCGACUAUGGAAUGAUCAUGAAUGAAACCGGAGAAUUCGAUUGGGAAGGAAACAUAUACAGUGCACAUUUCCAGGAGAAGCUUAAAUCGUCCAAAUACAAAUUCGACAUCGACCUGACGGAUGAGGCGCUACGCCCCAAAGAACAGGAAACAGGGGACGAUAGAUUCAUCGUCAAAUCGUGGGGUGUCACUACCAAGGAAGCCAAUGUAUCUUCUGACGUCAACGUGCCGGGCGCAGUGAAAAUCCUCCUCAAAGUCGAUAUGCACUUCGAUGGUGACAAACCAGCAGCUGUGCUGGUCAUGCACAAGCCAAGACACAGCUGCCUUCCUCAUGACGAGCGCAUCAUCAGGCUGCUCAAGGCCAUGCCUGAUAUCCUCAAAGGGAAGUACAUCGUCACCGAAGUGGUAUCUUGCCAAGCAUAUAUGAUGCACCUGUCUGAACAGAAAGUAGACAAUUUUUCUGUGACACUCCAAGCCACCGGGCCUGUUACGCCACUUGUCAGUGCUGGAGGAGGAGCCGGGUUCACCUGGUCUUCAGAAGCUGCCUAUGGUCUUUCCCGUCAAGGAAGCGACUCGACUGCAAAAUACGUACCCCUGUAUAGGCUGAAAAAGCCUCGUGCCAAGUUCUGGGAGUGGCCUUUUGGUCAUCGCGGAAAUGAGAAAAGUGACGAUGUGAUCGACAGGUGGGAGGAUGUCGACCCACCUUGGGAUCCCCUCGACGAUGAGGGCGAAGAAGACGAAAUCUACGAUGCAGAGAUGCAUGGUGACUUCGGCGUUUUCAAUGAUGGUUAUCCUGAUGACCAUGAUGAUGAUUGAUGAGUUGCAAUCACUCACGAAUGGUGUUACUGCUAUUCCACUCGAGUUCAGGUGUUUCCCAAAGGCCAAAUCGUGCCACUUUGUACACAGACGAUCGACAUCUGUGAAAGAGUAUCAACACAAUAAUCUACAUGGACAAUGUGUCAUUUCUCCUCAAUUUGAACGUUAUACAUCUCUGCCGAUCGCCUUGUACAUGGGUAUGCUGUAAUAUGUCGCCGGACAGUGCGCAUGGUAUCGCAAUCUUAGGGACCUCAACGUUAACAUGCGUGUCUUGCCGCGACGGCGUG